AUGGGGACUGAGAACAUCACCGCUGUAAGAGAGUUUAUUUUCAUGGCAAUCUCCAAGGACCACAAGAAACAGAUUCUGCUCUUUAUGGUCAUCGUCAUCAUCUACUUCCUCACCAUGAUGGGGAACCUGUUGAUCAUCCUGCUGGUGCAGAUGGACUCCCGCCUCCACACGCCCAUGUACUUCUUCCUGAUGAACCUCUCAGGCCUGGAAGUGUGUUUUGUAACCUGCACCAUGCCCCAAAUGCUGGUGAACCUCCUGAAUGGAAAUGGAGCCAUCUCCUUCACUCGUUGCAUUGCCCAGAUGUAUGUUGGUACGACAGCUGGUGGCACUGAGUGUCUUCUGCUGGCUGCAAUGGCUUAUGACCGCUACUUGGCCAUCUGCUGCCCUCUGCAAUAUGCUGUUGCUAUGGGCAGAUUGCGCCAAUUGCAGCUUGCCUCCGCUUCCUUGCUAGGGGGGUUCCUCAUUGCUACAAUAAAUGUGAGCUGUACCCUUCGCCACCCCUUCUGUGGACCGAACCAUAUCAAUCACUUUUGCUGUGAGGUUCCCAUAGUGUUGAAAUUUGCAUGUGCUGACACCCGCCUCACUGAAAUCAUCGUUUCUGUGACGUCCAUCUUGAUCCUUGUGGGUCCCCUUUCUGUUAUCCUGACCUCUUAUGGGCUCAUUCUGUCCACAGUAUUACAAAUGCAAUCAGCCACCAGUCAGCGCAAGGCCUUCUCCACAUGCACCUCCCACCUGGUGGUGGUCACCAUGUUCUUUGGCAGUGCCAUUGCUAUGUAUGGGAGACCUAAUUCAGGCAGUGUUCCCAAUGCUGGCAGACACUUUGCCAUCGUUUAUAUUGUAAUCACCCCUCUGCUCAACCCUGUUAUUUAUACCCUGCGCAACAAGGAUGUCCACCAGGCACUGGCCAAGGUGCUGAAAAGGCAAACCUUGACACCCAACGGUUGA